AUCUGAACCGUUGACUUGUUAAAAGGAUAAGACUAAACAGCGGCAAAUCUUCUCCCUUGCCGGCAGCCCCCACUUCUAUCUCUCUCCUCUGGAACACAAUGAUCUCCGACAAACAACAAUUGAGAGAUUUAGCAAAUCCUAACGAUUAUUAUUUAUUUUUCCAGCUAUUUUUUUUUGCUUUGAUCAGUAAGGAAAUUCAUUGGAUAUGAUGCUUAGCCAACAGCAGUCACAAAACUAGCAAGUGUUAAUGGAUGCUUCUUCUUCUUCUUCGCCUCGAUGGAAUUAUGAUGUCUUCUUGAGUUUCGGGGAAGACACUCGCAAGAAUUUUGUGGAGCAUCUCUAUAUGGCUCUGCAACAUAAAGGACUUUACACAUUCAAAGAUGAUGAGAAACUUAAGAAAGGACAAUCGAUUUCUUCAGAACUCCUCAAAGCAAUCAAGGGAUCAAAAUUUGCAAUCAUCGUAUUUUCGAAAAAUUAUGCAACCUCGUCAUGGUGUUUGGAUGAACUCGUCGAGAUCAUCGGAUGCAAGAAUUCAGUGGGACAGACCGUUUUACCAGUCUUCUACAACGUGGAUCCCUCACAAGUAAGGAAACAAAAGGGAAGUUUUGGAGAAGCAUUUGUCAAACACGAAGAAACUUUUAGGGAGGACAAAGAAAAGGUGCAAAGGUGGAGGGCAGCAUUGACGGAGGCAGCAAACUUAAGCGGUUGGGAUUUAACCAAUAUCGCAAAUGGGCAUGAGGCGAAGUUUAUCCAAAAAUUUGUUCAAGAGAUCAUAAAAGAAUUGGGGUAUAUGCCAUUAAAUGUUGCCAAGUACGAAGUGGGGAUAGAUUCCCGUGUAAACAAAGUGGCCUCUUUGCUAGACAAUGCGUUAAAGGAUGUGUGCAUUGUGGGUAUUUAUGGAACUGGUGGAAUAGGAAAGUCAACCAUUGCUAAAGCUGUUUUCAAUCGAAUAUUUAAUCAAUUUGAAAAUUGUUGUUUCCUUAGCAAUGUGAAAGAAGUUUCAAAACAACAUGGUUUAACUUAUCUUCAACGACAACUUUUGAAUGACAUCCUAAUGGAAGAAGAUCAAAAGAUACGUAAUGUUGAUUACGGGAUCAAUGUGAUAAAGAAAAGACUUUGUUAUAAGAAGGUUCUUGUAGUUCUUGAUGAUGUGGAUAGUUUGAAGCAAUUAGAAAGUUUAGCUGGAGCAAAUGACUGGUUUGGUUUUGGAAGUAGGAUCAUUGUAACAACCAGAAAUGAACGUUUGUUGGUGGAGCAUAAAGUAGAUCAUUAUGAAAUGUAUAAGGUUGAGUUGUUGAAUGACGAAGAAGCUCUUGAACUUUUUAGUUGGCAUGCUUUCAAUAGCAACCAUCCGUCGGAGGAUUAUCUGGAACUCUCACGAAGUGUCAUAAAUUAUGCCCAAGGCCUUCCAUUAGCUCUUCAAGUUUUGGGUUCUUUUUUAUUUAAAAGACGCAUACAAGAGUGGGAACAUGAAUUGGAUAAUUUGAAAAGAAUUCCAAAUAGAGAAAUUUUUAAUGUUCUCAAGAUAAGUUUUGAUGGCCUUAAUGAUACAGAAAAGGAUUUAUUCCUCGAUAUCGCUUGUUUCUUCGAAGGGUAUGAUAGAGAUUAUGUAAUGGAUAUAUUGGGCAGUAGUGGUUUUCACCCACGAAUUCAAGUUCUUAUUGAACGGUCCUUGAUAACUAUCUCAUACAAGAAUGAGUUGCAGAUGCAUGAUUUGAUACAAGAAAUGGGUAAAGAAAUUGUUCGUCGAGAAUCACCUGAUGAUCCUGGCAAACGCAGUAGGUUGUGGUUUCAUGAAUAUAUCUAUAAAGCAUUUAGAGAGAAUAUGGUGACAGAAACAAUUAAAGGCAUUAUGCUAAAUCUGCCUCAUGAUCAACUACCAGAGGAGUUACAUGUAAACGUCGAUGCCUUUGUUAAGAUGAAGAUACUUAAACUACUCAAACUCGAUGGCAUACGACCUUGUGGACGCCUUACAUAUCUUUCAAAUGAAUUAUGUUAUCUUGAUUGGGAUGGUUACCCUGAAAGGUUUUUGCCAGCUAGUUUCCAUCCAAAAAAUCUUAUCCAACUUCGCCUUUAUUGUAAUCAAAUCAAAGAACUUUCAUCAGGCAUCAAGUUUCUAGAGAAGUUAAAAUUUCUUAAUCUCAGCCAUUCUCUAUAUUUGGAUAAAACUCCAGAUGUGUCCGGUCUCCCAUGUCUUGAGAGUUUAAAUCUUGCUGGAUGUACAAAUCUAGUUGACGUUCAUCAGUCGAUUGGAGUUCACGAGAGGCUUGUUUCAUUGAAUCUUCUAGAUUGUAAAAAUCUGAGGAGUCUACCAAGAAGCAUAAAGUUGAAAAAUCUGAAAUCUUUUAAUCUAGCAGGAUGCUCAAAAGUUGAGAAGUUUCCAGAGAUUCAGGUGGGGCAUAUGGAUUGUUUGAAAAUUCUUAUUUUAGAUGAAACUGCAAUAAAGGAUUUACCUUCAUCAAUUGAGUAUCUUAAAGGGCUUCAGUCUUUAUCUCUAAAGAAUUGCCGGAAGCUUAAAAGUGUUCCAAGCAACGUUUUUUCUAAAAUGAAAGAUUUGGGUUCCCUUAACAUAGGUGGAACAGCUAUAAAACAGUUACCAUCAUCCAUUGUACAGUUGAGUAACCUUGGUAGCCUUGAUCUAGUUAAUUUUCAAGGAUCAUCUCCCAAGACGCCAAAUUCGUUUAUCCCAUUUUCGUUGGUGCGAAAGAGAACUUCUGCUUCAACUAUUUAUUUGCAAAUGGAACUGCUCUCCGGUUUGUGCACUUUGAAUCAUUUAUAUCUCAGGAAUUGCAAUUUAUAUAUACCAGCAAGCCUCAUUCAACUCAAAAAACUGAACCGCCUUGAUUUGGAACAUUGCACAAGACUCCGAACAUUGACUUCACUUCCCUCAUCCAUAUGUGAAGUGAAUGCACAUGGUUGCAAAUCAUUAGAACGGUAUUGGAUUCCAUCAAAUUUAGACAGUCCAGAUGAUCGAGAAUUCAUAUUCACUGGGUGCAGCAGAUUGGUUAUGGAUGACAAGAACAACAUGCCAAAUAUAUCAUCACAGAGUAUGCUCCAGGUUUCCUCUCUCACUCGCUUGCUCUAUAUUUAUGUAUCUGAACGAAAAACUGACCUUCACAAUAUUUUUAUGGAGCAGGAACUUGGUGAAAUAUAUUAUCCAGGAAGUGAGAUUCCGCAAUGGUUCAGCCAUAAGAUCGAGGGUGAGGGCUCUUCGAUGUGUUGGCGGGUGGACGAUCUAACUUCUUACAAUAACGUCAAAGGAAUUGCUAUAUGUAUUGCUUUGGAAUCACAUGGAAUUUGCCCAUGGAUUGGAUUCAAUCUCAAAAUCAAUGGAUACUCCAUGAUCGAAUGGCCUGUACAAAAGCGAAUUGAGUCAGAUCAUGUCAUGUUGAUGGUCAAAACAGAAUAUGACAUUUUUUUUGAUGAAGAAUAUCAACAACCAAUUAAAAAUUUGUUUCCCAAUAUUGGUGAUGAUGGCUCUUACAUUGAAGUUUCUGCUCAAUUCGACUAUGGGCUGCAUACUCCCCGCGUCAAACGGCAAUUAAAGGUCAAGAAAUUUGGUAUCCAUUUAAUAAUGGAUGAGCAAGAUGAAGGUAAUUUAGAUCACACCAACAUCUUGACAUAUCAUGAUUUUCACAAAUCAAUUCUUAUUACCUAUAUCAAAACCUAUAUCGGCAUAUCAUUUCAGAUUGUUCAAAAAAUCAAAACCCAUAUCUUUCAGUUUCCAUCGCCGCUGUUCCAGUUCGGGUUCGCCGUUCGCAAGCUUCAGCCGCUGUCUCUCAACUCUCAAGCUUGCCCCCUUCUCUCUGCAGCUGCUGACUGUUUCAGAGGAGAAGAUACUCGCAAGAACUUUGUGAACCAUCUCUAUAUGGCUCUGCAACAUAAAGGAAUUUACACCUUCAAAGAUGAUGAGAAGCUUAAGAAAGGAAAAUCAAUUUCUUUGGAACUCCUCAAGGCAAUCAAGGAAUCGAAAUUUUCCAUCAUCGUAUUUUCAAAAAAUUAUGCAACCUCCUCAUGGUGUUUGGACGAACUCGUACAGAUCAUUGAAUGCAAGAAUACAGUGGGACAGACAGUUUUGCCGGUCUUCUACAACGUGGAUCCCUCACUGGUAAAGAAACAAAAGGGAAGUUUUGCAGAAGCAUUUGUCAAGCAUGAAGAAACUUUUAGGGAGGACAAAGAAAAGGUGCAAAGGUGGAGGGCAGCAUUAAUGGAGGCAGCAAACUUAAAUGGGUGGGAGUUAAACAAUAUCGCAAAUGGGCACGAAGUGAAGUUUAUCCAAAACAUUGUUCAAGAGAUUAUAAAAAAAUUGGAACAUAUACCAUUAAAUGUUGCCAAGUAUGAAGUGGGGAUAGAUUCUCGUGUCAAUGAAGUGAUCGCUUUGCUAAAUAAUGGGUUAAAGGAUGUGUGCAUUGUGGGAAUUUGUGGCACUGGGGGAGUAGGAAAGACAGCCAUAGCCAAAGUUGUCUUCAAUCGAAUUUUUAAUCAAUUCGAAAGUUGUUGUUUCCUUAGUGAUGUGAAAGAAGCUUCAGAACAAAAAAAUGGUCUAACUUAUCUGCAACAACAACUCGUGAAUGACAUCCUAAUGGAAGAGGAUCUAAAGAUACUUAAUGUUGACUCCGGGAUCAACGUGAUGAAGGAAAAACUUUGUAACAAGAAGGUUCUUUUAGUUCUUGAUGAUGUGGAUAGUUCGAAGCAGUUACAAAGUUUAGCUGGAGCAAAGGAUUGGUUUGGUUUUGGAAGUAGGAUCAUUUUAACAACCAGAAAUGAACGUUUAUUGGUGGAGCAUAGCGUAGAUGAAAUGUACAAGGUUGGGUUGUUGAAUGAUGAUGAAGCUCUUCAACUUUUUAGUUGGCAUGCUUUCACUAGCAACCAUCCAUUGGAGGAUUAUUUGGAACUCUCAAGAAGUGUAAUAAAUUAUGCUCAAGGCCUUCCAUUAGCUCUUCAAGUUUUGGGUUCUUUUUUAUUCAAAAGAAGUCUAAAAGAGUGGGAACAUGAACUGGAUAGUUUGAAAAGAAUUCCUAAUAAACAAAUUCAUGAUGUUCUUAAGAUAAGUUUUGAUGGCCUUAACGACACACAGAAGGAUUUAUUCCUUGACAUUGCUUGUUUCUUCAAAGGGCAUGAUAAAGAUUAUGUAAUGGAUAUAUUGGGCAGUAAUGGGUUUUACCCACAAAUUCAAGUUCUUAUUGAACAAUCAUUGAUAACUAUCUCACACAACGAGCUGUGCAUGCAUGAUUUGUUACAAGAAAUGGGUAAAGAAAUUGUUCGUCAAGAAUCACCUGAUUAUCCUGGCAAACGAAGUAGGUUGUGGUUUUAUGGAGAUAUAUAUAAAGUGCUUAGAGAGAAUACGGGGACCGAAACAAUUAAAGGCAUUAUGCUAAACAUGCCUCAUCGUCAUCUACGAGAGGAAUUACAUGUAAAUGUCGAUGUCUUUGAGAAGAUGAAGAAACUUAAACUGCUUAGACUCAGUGGCAUACGACCUUGUGGACAACUUACAUAUCUUUCAAAUGAAUUAUGUUAUCUUGAUUGGGAUGGGACAAAGUUUUUGCCAUCCAAUUUUCAUCCAAAAAAUCUUGUUCAACUUCGCCUUUGUCACAAUCAAAUCAAAGAAAUAUCAUCAAGUAUCAAGUUUCUAGAGAAGUUAAAAUUCCUUGAUCUCAGUCCCUCCUUAUAUUUGUAUAAAACUCCUGACUUGUCUAGUCUCCCAUAUCUGGAGAAAUUAAAUCUUAAAGGAUGUAAAAAUCUAAUUGAGGUCCACGAGUCGAUUGGAGUUCACAAGAGGCUUGUUAGUUUGGAUCUCGGGGACUGUAAAAAUCUGAGGAGUCUCACAAAAAACAUCAAGUUGGAAAAGUUGGAAUCUUUGAAUCUAUCAGGAUGCUUAAAACUUGAAAAGUUUCCAGAGAUUCAGGGGCGUAUGGGUCGUUUGCGGGAACUUUAUUUGAUGAAAACUGCAAUAAAAGAUUUGCCUUCAUCAAUUGAGCUUCUUGAAGGACUUCAGUAUUUAUGGGUAUAUAAUUGCCGAAAGCUUAAAAGGGUCCCAAGAAACAUUUUUUAUAGAAUGAAGGAUUUAAAAUCCCUUCACAUGGGAGGAACCGCUAUAGAAGAGUUACCAUCGUCCAUUGUACAGUUGUGUAACCUUAGUGAGCUUUAUCUAUGUGAUUUACAAAAAAUGUCUCCCAAAACGCCAAAUUCAUUGGUGCCAUUUUCAUUGGUGCGAAAGAGAACUCCUGCUUCAACUAAUUAUUUGCAACUGGAACUGCUCUCCGCUUUGAGCACUUUGUUUCUUUUAGAUCUGAGGAACUGCAAUUUAUCAGAAGAAUCCUUUCCCAAGAAUAUUGGCUGUCUAUCUGGUUUGGAAAUAUUAAAUUUAAGUGAAAACAAUUUCUCUAGCAUACCAACAAACCUAAUUCAACUCAAAUGUCUGAAAUGUCUUGUUUUGGAACAUUGCACAAGGCUCCGAAAGUUGACUUCACUUCCGGCAUCUAUUGAGUAUGUGAAUGCACAUGGCUGCAAAUCAUUGGAACGGUAUUGGAUUCCACCAAGUGCAAGUGGUCCACACAAGGGACGAUUCAGAUUCACUGAGUGCCGCAAAUUGGUUAUGGAUGAGAUGGAAAACAUGCCAAAUAUAUCAUCACAAUGUCAGCUUCAGGGAUUUCAAUGGAUCAGUUUUCCGGGAAGUGAGAUUCCGCAAUGGUUUAGGCAUAAGAGUGAAGGUGAGGGCUGUUCAUCAGUGUCUUUGGUGGCAGAUGAACUAUCUUCUUCCAAUAACGUCAAAGGAAUUGCCAUCUGCGCUGCUUUGGAAUUUCAUGGAAUUUACUCAUCGAUUGGAUUUGAUCUCAAAAUCAACGGUUAUGGCGUGAACUGGUUGGAGGAUGGAGAGAGUUAUUCCUAUGGGAGGUGUAAAGGCAAUCACGUUAUUUUGACGAACGUAACUGAAUAUUACGAUGAGUUGUCUAAAGACAAACAACCAAUUAAAAAUUUGAUGAAGAAGAGACCAAAGCUGAGCCCAGGCCCUCCCAAUAUUUCUGAUGAUGCCUGUUACAUUCAGGCUUCAGCUAUAUCAGUUGACGACAUACGUGGUGAAAAGAAGGUGAAGAAAAUGGGUAUCCAUCUAAUUGUGGAGGAGCAAGGUGAAGGUGAGGAAGGUUAAUGUCAUCAUCUUUUAUAGACUGCGAUGUAUAACAGAGAGAAAUCCAAGAGGACAGUUGUAUGUUUGUGGAGCAGCAUCCUAGCAUUAAGAGGCAAAGGAUCAUUUGGAUACUUUUGAUUGUCAAUUUUGUAUAUGUUUGUUUUCUUGCUGUGUGUUGCAAUAAGAAUGACCUUUUGUACGUGGUAGGAGUGGGAACUUCUAUUAAUUGUCCGAAUAUAAGAAACUCGUUUGCAAUAAGAAUUUCAAUUGUGAUGGAAAA